UCAUAUAUUAUCCAUUUCUUUGCUGAGAUAUAUAUAUACAUAUAUAUACCAAAUUUUUCUAGCUAUAGAUCUUUUAAAUAAACUUCUCUCUACUAAUAAUAAUUAAGUAUAUAUACAUAAGAAAUAAUAUUUGUUAUGGAAGGAAGCUAUACCAAUAUUCCAGCCAAUAAUUUGAAGACUCCAACCUCUGGUAGUCUACGUUUGCAGCCUCCAACCUAUGGAAAUCUAAUCACUGUUCUCAGCAUUGAUGGGGGUGGAAUUAGAGGUCUCAUCCCAGGAAUCGUCCUUAGUUUCUUAGAAAAAGAAUUACAGAAAUUGGACGGUGAGAGUGCAAGACUUGCAGAUUAUUUUGAUGUGAUUACUGGAACAAGCACAGGUGGUCUUGUUACUGCCAUGUUAACUGCGCCUAAUGAAAACAACCGUCCUAUGUUUGCUGCUGAAGAUAUUAAGGAAUUCUAUCUCAAUGAGUGCCCUAAAAUUUUCCCACAAAAUAGUUGUCCAGUAUUCCCUCACCUUCAGAAGGUCAUCAAUGCUUUAACAGGACCAAAAUACGAUGGUAAGCAUCUACAUAAACUCGUAAAAGAAAAGCUAGGCGACACAAAAUUGCACCAGACUUUGACCAAUGUUGUCAUUCCAACAUUUGACAUCAAACAACUCCAUCCAACUAUAUUUUCCAGCUACGAGGUGAAGAAAAAUCCAUCCUCAAAUCUCGAUGUCUUUCUCUCAGACAUUUGCAUUGCAACUUCAGCUGCUCCAACUUAUCUUCCAGCCCAUUACUUCGAAACAAAGGAUUCUGAUGGCCAAGUUAUUAGAAAAUUUCACCUCAUAGAUGGUGGUGUUGCUGCAAACAAUCCGACUCUAGUGGCAAUUAGUGAAGUGUCGAAGGAGAUAACACGAGGGAGUGAGGCUUUCUCACCAAUGAAUCCAUUGGACUAUGCUCGAUUCUUGGUGAUAUCGUUAGGAACUGGGUCUUCGAAAGCUCAAAUGAAAUAUGAUGCCCCAGAUGCUGCCAAGUGGGGUUUGCUAAGUUGGUUAAACAGAGGUGGUUCUACCCCAAUUAUUGAUGUGUUUUCUCAUGCAAGUGUCGACAUGGUCGAUCUCCAUCUCUCUGUUGUUUUUCAAGCCUUGAACUCAGAGGAGAACUAUCUUCGAAUUCAGGAUGACACUCUGACUGGGGACGUAUCAUCAGUAGAUAUAGCUACAAACAAAAAUUUGGAAGAUCUUGUCAAAGUUGGGGAAAAAUUAUUGAAAAAGCCAGUUUCUAGAGUUAAUUUGGAGACUGGUCGCUUCGAGAUUUGUUGCCAGGAGACUAAUGAAAAGGCUCUUAUAAGGUUUGCUAAAAUACUGUGCGAUGAGAAGCAAUUUCGCAAUGCAAGGUCUCCUAACGUCAAUACCCUUUGGCAGCUAUGAUCCAUUUCAAGAAGACGAAUUAUUGUUCAUUAAUGAUUAAUUUCCAAUGAUCAGUUUCAUUUACCAUAUUUUCUCGUUUUUUUUGUACGGAAUAAACUUUCAAUGAUUAAUAAUAUAUUAUAAUCUUUUCCUUGGUUA